AUGGCUCCUAGGGCCCCAAAAAGCUCGUGCAGUAAGCCUGCAGCAUCUGAAGAAGUAUCUGUUAGCUCUAUCGCGCCGCGCAAGAAGCGCCGCACUGGCUACACUCGCCGGCGCCGCUACCCAUCCAUAUCGCCUCCUCCAGACUAUUCCAGCAUAAGGGAGGAGCUCGCCGCAAAAUUUGGCCCACGGAAUCCAGCAACAGAUAUCCCACCAUGGCAAGAGAACGUUCAGCCACGGUGGAUGGAAGAUCGACCGAGGCGUCAUCGUUACCGCUCUGUUGGAGAAGACGAAUCGUUCAUGGAGCUAUGCCGCCUGCGCCGUUCCAUGAUGGGUCCAAUACCUAGAGCAAGCGACCUUGCUGCAUCUUGCACUCCGACUACCAUCAGCGAUCUGGCAGCAAGGAGCAGUGAGCCAGCCGAGAGGCCGGGCCAGGAUCCGCUCCAUCCGGUUGACAGCUCGAUCGGACACGGGCAGCAACCCGCUGUCGCUCCACGCGCCGACGCUCGGUCGGCUGACGUACGACAUGCCGGUCUCGAUGGCGCAUCCCGUCGGAUUAGUCCUGGCGAAGUCGAAACGCAACAGUAUCCUGCCGUCACGCAAGAUGCUUCAUCUCAACCUGCAGACGAUAGAUCUGCCUCAGCCACGACGAGUUGGCGAGACUCGAUAGUUGCGGAUCUGCAAAGUCGCAAACAGGUGUGCGACAAAGUGCUGUCCAGCGUCGAGGGCCACCGACAGCAGAAGCAGAUCCUUAUAGAUACUUACGAGUCCUCCCACCCAGGGAAGAUCAGCGCCAACUGCAAAAGAGCCAGCACUCUCGAGUAUACCGAUAAUGAAGGGCGAAAGCAUGCGAUGCCUCUUCACACAGCAUCUUGGGAGGACACGCUCGUCAAACAUACCGAGCCAAAGCUGGGCAGCUCGAUUCCUCACCAGACGUAUGACCAGUUGCGCAAGCCUGCGUCCGAGUAUGCAAAGGUCUUUAAUGACUUCAGACACAAUGCCAUGCGAAAGACAAUCCGUGAUUUUGCCGACUGUCCAGAGCAAGUAUAUCUUACUGUUGGCCUCCGCACGGACACAAGCAUAGCCUCUGGCGACGGAGACAGCAUCGCUGACCCGAGAGUAGCUUGGGUGGAAGCCUCUGCCGGCCUGGUGGAUAAUGAAGAGCUUCUUCAGCCUGCCCUUGACUUCCUGGAAGCAUACUUCACAAAAGGCAAGCAACUACGAGCGUCUUACACUCGCGACACUACCACACCAGGCGGCACCAUCUCCGUUCUUGAACACAAGCGGAAGAUGCACGAACUAGAGCAACGAUAUCAGGAAUCCGAGCAACGACUUCGGGAACUUCAGCACCAGCUGGCGGAAAGCAGCCGUACAGGUGCUAGCAGUGCCAGCAUAGACACAGGAGGUAGCGCGUCUCGAGGAAAUCGCGGAAGAGCAGUGCGAAACCACAAAAGUGCAGCGCGAAACCAUAGGAGAGCAGCGCGAAACUAUGAAAGAGCUGGACAAGGAGAUACGGGCGUACGAAGAACUCUUAGAGAGAAGAAGAGUAGCUCGCCACUCAGGCAGAGAUCAUGCAUGUUGAUAGGGUUGGACAAUGACGUUGUAGACGGAACAUAA